AUGGCACCUAAAAAGUCUUCCAAAAAACCGGGAAAGAAGACGAAGAAGCAGAAGGAGGAGGAGAAGAGGCUGCAAGAAGAAGAGGAAGCCCGGAUAGAGGCAGAGAUAGAGGAACAGAAAAGGCUGGUCAUAGAGAAAAAGGCGCAGGAGCUGGAGAGGCUAGAAUUAAGAGUCAGUCAUCACAGAGAGAUGGAGCUGAAUGAAUUGCGCGAUCUACUGGAGCAGAAUCAUUCUGCAGUAACUAAAUGGAGAGAUGAUCUUGAUGAGAAAGCCCAGGUGUGUGUUUCUGUCUGUGUUUGGUGGGAGCGGUACAUGUGUUGUGAUGGCAACCCUGACCCAGAAGUGCAGCAGGAUGUAAACACCUAUAUAAGCUUAUGGAGAGAGGACCCAGAGAUCAACAUCACGCCCGUGCUCAAGCAAUGUAACGACGCUCUACAGCUGCUCGGGGAGCUGGAAGUUCUGCUCAGAGAUGCUACAGAUACAAAAAAGUGCCAGAUAUACGAGGAGGCCGUCACCAGUCUGCAGGAGUUAAUCCACUCCAAACUUCACCUCAGCACUGAGAAGAUCCUCAAGAUGGCCAAUGAGAACACGGACACUGAGACAGGCAACAUGCAGACUGUGGUGAAAGGCGACCACACUACACUGUGCUUGUGGGUCAACCUCAAGAGAAAUCAAAGGUUUAAAGGAUUAAACUUUGAAGAGGUCGGCCUCGCCUUUGAGAUUCCCAAACAGUUGACUAUGAGCGACAUCGCUGUACGGAUUCUCCACACACAGUACGACCACCUGUCCUUUCUUCCCAGGAUGGCUCAACGGAAAAUACAGAUAUCAAGCGACAGUCCCGAAUCUCUAGCAGUGGUUGACGAGGCCCCAGCAGACACUGAUCUACCUGAGCAGGAGGAGACAAAAGACGAGGAGGAGGUGAAGGAUGACGAUGAGACACAACAGCAAACAGCAGACGAGGAGGUGCAGUCCAUCCAAGAGCUGGAAGAGAAGAAGAGUGAAGACAGUCCAGAGACCAGCAAAACGAGUCAGGCGUCAGCAGAGGGCAGUGGGAGUCAGAUACAGACACAGAUGGAGGCGCUCGAUGUUGAGGGAGAAUUUGGCUCUCCCUCAGAGCUGCUCCCGAUGGAGGUCAUCGACGAACCUGUCCCGGUGGUGGACUUGAUGGAGUACACACCUCUGGGGGGGGUCUUCUACUAUGAUGUGUUCCGCAUCCCUCCACAAGCCCAUCGUGUCCAUGGCUGGGAAAUUAGACAGAUACUUCACACAGGUCUGCAGGUGUUUCCAUACCCACCAGAGACAGUCAACUUGGAUGAAAACCAGGCCCUGACCUGCCCUCCUGUCGGAAUGUCUGUGAAGUUGCCCGACUGCGUUGUGUUCUUGGAAACUCCGCAAGUGGCUCGCUGGGAUGCUGCAGAUAAGCAGUGGAGGAUGGACGGUAUCUCGGAUGUGUCUUACGAGGAGGAAGAGGCGAAGAUCUCCUUCAAGAUGGGCUCCUUCCAAGCUUUUGUGCUGAUGCAGGAAACCUACGCCAACUUCCCCUUCCUGAGCUGGGAACUCAGUCCACUGGGAAAAGAUGCCGCUACUUUCACGGUCAGCGGAGCACUCAUCGAAAUAAGCAUCAGGAUCCAGGGGGAGCAGUGUAUUUUGCAGUCAGAGGUCAAAGGCCUCUCUCACCUCCAAGGAAAGGAGAUGAGCAGCCCCGACCUGCAGAGAGCCAUGAUCAACGCGGGGAUCAACAUCUUCGUGAAUGAACACACUGACAAAUAUGUCAGCAGCUGUGGAAAGAACCCACUCACAGAACAUGCUGCCUACGAACAGAUGUCCUUCUUGGUCGCUUCCUGCAUCUUCUCAUGGAGCAAGUGGAACGCCAAAUGUGGAGCCGAGCAUCUGGUCAUGCAGGCACGCGAGCACACCGGCCCCACCACUGAGUCCACGGACCCACAGUGUCUCUACCUGCUGGGCGCUCAGAGGAGUCAGAAGCUGGCAAUCACAGAGGGGAGCGAGGAGUUCUCUUCAAACCACGACCCCAGCCGGGACUUUCACUCCACCUUCAUCCGCAUGCUCCAGGACGACAUGAGCACAGACGGCAUUGCCAGGACCAGAGAGUCCAGUUUUCUGUUCGUGGAUACGGUGCGGAGCCUGCUGUGUGCCACCAGACCCCUGAUGUUUUCUUAA